AAUGGAUUAUCGUAGAAAACCACAAUCCUAUCAUCGUUAAAGAACUGGAAUCCUGAUAACUAAUAAAUAACAAACAAGAAAGAAGUCACCAAAAAAGACAUACUCAAAAGCUAUUCAUCCUUUGAAUUUACACACUAGGGCCAUGUCUUAAAAAAACUUAGAUUUUGUAACUUCAGAAAGGUAUUAAUUAAACAUAUGGGUAGUUCAGAGUAUUCACAAGAGACUUUGAUUGAAGAUAAUAAAAGCUGUUGCUGCUUCGAUUGCAGUAAACCUAAUAAGAAAAUGAAAAGUCUUCAAAAGAAAUUCUGUUUAUUUCGAACACAAAUGUCAAUAGUUAAAUAGCAGAGAUUGCACAUAAGAUUCUAAAAUGCAGUUUAUUGCAUUCUCUAUUUGAUACAUAAGCGAAGAAAAUAAAGAUUGUUAGAUAAACAGAAGAAGAUGUUUAGAUACAAAACUAAAGUAUUUAUUGAUGGGUCUCCACUCUUACCUCCACAAUAACUAUAACAUUAAGUUAAUGUACAUGAUGAGAAACAUCAAGUGAAUAUACAUUCGCAAUCUAUUUAGGCUAAAAUUAUUGAUUAAAGACAUAAAUAAAGAUAAUCAGUAAGAGUAUAUUUGUAAUAAAAAUUACAUGAUAAAGGUAAUCAUAUGUAUUAGUCAUUUAGAUUCGUAAAUAACAUUACCGAAGAUACAUAAAUUUAAUUAGAGCUCUUAUUGUAAUAUUUAGCCUUUAAGAUUUCAAAAAGCAGAAGAACAGAAGUCUCCAAGAUAUUCAACAUAAUUAAAGAUAUCCCAUUAAACUGAACAUAGUCCUUGUGCCAUUUAACAUUCUCCUUAUUUAAAUCAUUUGACUUCUAGAAAUCCUAUUGAGACAAUCAUUUAAUCAUCUUUUUGUAAAACACCUAGACCAGUAACCAAGAGUAUUUAAUCUGAAUAUCUUACUUAAAAACACUAAUUUCAUUAAAGAAAGAAUACAGCAGCUACAUUAAAAGGAUUAGUUUGA